GGCUGCAGAGAGCGCAUGGUGUAGCUACCCGGGAGCAGUGCACUAUCCCAGCCGGGCUCCUCUCACGUGACAAGUGGUGUCCGGAGCCGGGCUGAGAGCGCAGUGGUCGGUGGCGCAGCCAGACCAACACAGAGAGUACAGCAGCCUACGCUCGCUGCUGCCCCGCCUCUUUGUGUUGUAGACUCAACCUUCAGCUGACCCCGGUGUGACCUCCAGCUUCACAGCUUGAGCCGCGAAGGAAGACGGAACAUGUAGUUCCCGGGCGGAGCACGUGUCUGUGUUGUGUUGAAUGUACAGAUCUUUAUUGUCCCCGGCGCACGGCGCGCACACGGGGAGAUGGCGGCGCAGGAGAGCCGGCUGGUGUGUCUUCCGCUGUCUCGCAUCAGAGUGAUCAUGAAGAGCUCCCCCGACGUGACCAAUAUCAACCAGGACGCCCUCAUCAUCACUGCCAAGGCAACGGAGCUGUUUGUGAAGUACUUGGCUUCUUACUCCUAUAAACAUGGGUCCGGCAAAGAAACCAACACGCUCACAUAUGACGACUUGUCAAACACUGUAGAAGAAUCGGAGACCUUUCAGUUCCUCUCUGACAUAUUACCCAAGAAAAUACUAGGCAGUGACUACUUGAAGAUGUUGCAGAAAGAAGAGGAAGGUGGUGAUGAUGAGGAUGAAGAUGAAAAGGAGGAGGAUGAAGAGGAUGAGGAAGAAAGUGACGAGUCUGAUGAUGAAGAUGAGAAUUAUGAGAAAGAUGAGAAUGAAGAGGAGGAAGAAGAUGAUUAAUGUUACUGUCUCUCUAGGAACACUUUUGAACUGCAGAUUUAUUUUUGUAUUUUUAUUUUUUAUAUAACAUUCCAACUUUACUGCUCCUUUAAAGAACAAUAAAGUGUUUUGAGUCUAAA